AUGGCUGUAUCGGGCCUACUCCGAAAACUUGAGGUCGACAGGCCGGGCAUAGACCCAGAACAUUCACUCUUGGUCAACCAUGACUUGCUUCCAGUUCCUAAGGAGAACCGCACGUGGACCAAGUGGACCUACUCAUUGUUUUGGUUCGCUGAAUGCUUUAGCGUCACCUCAUGGACUGUCGCUGCGACAGGUGUUUCCAAUGGUCUCUCCUGGUGGGAGGCAUGGAUAUGUGUUAUCCUAGGUCACUUCAUCGCAGCCGUGCCCAUGGUGAUGACGGGUCGUGGCGGCGCCGUCUAUCAUGUUCCCUUCCCUGUCCUUGCUCGAUCCAGCUUCGGUGUCCUUGGUGCAUUCUGGCCAAUCUUCAACCGUGAGGCCAUGACAAUUAUCUGGACUGGUGUACAAAUGGUGCAAACUGGCAACUGUAUCUAUACCAUGAUCCUGUCUUGGACCAAGGGAAUUUCUAAGGUUCACGAUCCUUUUGGAUCUGAUGUCACCAUGACCGGCGGUCGGCUGAUUGGAUUCUCUAUUGCUUGGGUCAUCUGUUUGGCAUGCACUGCCGUCCCGGUCCACAAAUUCCGCAAGGUCAUCUACUACAAGUCGAUCGUCAUGUCCAUCUGUCUGCUCGCCUUCUUUGGCUGGUCCAUCCAUCGCGCAGGCGGUGUUGGAAAAGUCGUCAAACAGGGAGCCAACAUCCCGGAAGGCAAAUCUCAUGGAUGGGUCUUUAUCCAACAACUCUUCGUCCAGGCUGCCAAUGUGGUCACCUUUGUGACCAACAACGCGGAUUUGAGCAGAUAUGCACGUCGACCGAAAGAUGCCCUCUGGACCCAAUUGAUCGGCUUCACCGCUUCGUUUGGCAUGAUUGCAUUCUUCGGCAUUCUCAUUACCAGCUCGUCUGGUAUCACCCUCAAGUCUGGAAAGCCAAACUGGGAUCCUCUUGGCAUCCUCGCCAGCUACCUUGACGAUUACUCGUCGUCCAACCGCGCCGGUGUCUUUUUCAUCUCAGCCGGUUUCGCCUUUGCUCAGAUCAUCACCGUGGUUCUGGCCAACUUGAUUCAAUCUGGCAACGACGCGGCCGCCUUGGCUCCGAAAUACCUCAACAUCCGUCGCGGCAUGAUCCUGGCGCUGGUUCUGGGAUAUGCCAUCACGCCAUGGAACUUGACCAAAACGUCCUUCUCCUUCACGUCGUACCUUUCGGCUUACUCCAUCUUCCUCGCCUCGAUUGUCGGCGUCCUGAUCGGCGACUACUUCUUGGUCCGCAAGGGAGACCUUGACCUGCCCGCGCUCUUCACCACCGACAAGAAGGGCCUGUAUUACUUCAAGUACGGCUUCAACUGGCGCGCGUACGCGGCGUAUGUGAUUGGCAUGAUCCCCGCCUUCCCUGGAUUUUUGGACGUUUGCGGAGUCGAGGGCGUUUCUGCCGGUGGCAAACACCUGUACUACUUUUCCUUCCCGGUCGGCAUUGUAUUUGGUGCCAUGGCGUACUGGGGAUUCAACUUGCUCUCGCCGCCUCCCAGUGGUCUUGCCACGCAGUGGAAGGAGGUCGAAGCCAAGGGAUCAGGAAUCAACGGCACAGAUCCCGUCGAGUACCUCGAUGGUCUUAGCAGGGAGAAGAGCAGCGAAGGUGAUGAGGUCUUUACCAAGUCGGCCGAAGCAGAAGAGAAGCAGAUUUAG